GUUGUCUGGCAUCCCACGCAUUUUACUGCGGAACGACGCAAUAGACCUUCCCCAGCUUUGAGUCUUGCCUGCAUUUCGAUCUGUCACGUAGACUUUGGAUCAUUUUGAGCGGGCAGAAGUCAUCAUUUCCCAUCAAAUGCGAUGUCCAAGCAGAUAGAUGUAACGGUACCUGACUCAGAAACGUUGAGUUCCGAGAAAUCAAAGCGUUUCACGGUAAGAUUUGCCCUUAAUUAAUCGCCAUAUUGAGUAAGUUUCAGCGGCUUUUUCGAGUGAGGUCAAUUUCACUUUGCUUGCCGCCGGUAAGUGAAAGGAAACUGUCAGACAGAGAGUAUUAAAUACAGUACGCCUCAGAGGCCGACAGUCAGUGGAAAAAGCCGGAAUCUACGAUGUGUCGAGGUUAAACGUUCACAGAUAUUCUCCGUAUCUGUGGAGCGAAAAGGGGGGAAGAUAGAUCUUUGUGCUUGCAAAGCUGCGGCGAUCAGAUUUCAAAUAGAGUGUAGGCGUAUCGGCUGCCUCUCAUUAUUUUUACAACCAAAAUAUACAGUAUUUCGUUUGUCAUUUUCAACGAAAGACGUUACAAAGAUCCUUAUGUUCAUUUUAUUUUAUUUUUUACAAUAUUGAAGCGGUACUUGCAUUUUGGAACGUUUUAUUACAAAACUCUCUGAUUUAAGCUUAAAGGCGAGCACUCGGACCAAAUGAUCGAUGUAGUUUAUGAGUUAUCCACCUUGCUACGUUUUAAUAAUCAAUGUUUCUGGCGUUAUUUUAAGCCCUUAUUGUCCUAAAGUAUCCAUUCAUUAAAAUUAGAUGAGGAAGAGACUUCCUUUCACCAAUAUCUGACUCGCUUUCUGAAUAACUAAUUAUUGCUCAGUCGAGCCUGUGGUAAAUGUUCAUGUACUUGUUAAUUUUUUACUAUCAAAAUUUGUACAUUGAACAAGGUUUACUCUUGACUUUUCUUGUUACAAAUUAACAUACGGUGGUUUAUUCUUUAUCUCGACGCCCUUUUUGUAUUCUUGAAAUGAACAAUUGAAAGUUCCAAAAAAGGAACCCUGUUUUUUGGAAAAUGGUCGUUUACCCUUAUUGACCAAAAACCACUUUAUUUUGCUGUAUGUUUUGACUACAUGUUUUGGUAAAUCUGUCGUGUUUUCGCUUCUUUAUUUGACAAAUCCGCUUCAGGUGCAAUUAUGUACACAUCUCUGUCAAGUUGAUUGGACACCUAAUUUUAAAAUCAAACAGAACUUGCGACCUGAAAAAAAUAUCGAUUUGAGGUCAUGUAAAAGUCAUCUAAACCACAAGUUUUUUCUUAUAUGUAAUAUUCCUUCCUCAGCUGUGUUAGACACCUCAAUCACUAUAUAUUAAAAUAGGCUUGAGUUUUCGUAAGAUUCAAGAUUUACAAAAUGAAAUAAUUGGCCUUUUUAGGAAAUUAAUUAUUUUAUUAUUCUCUUUCUUAAAUAUUCAAGUUUCACCUGUGCAUUUGUCACAAGCAUUUUUUCAUCUUGAACAUAAUACAUCCACAACAGACAACUCAAAAUAACAUUAUUUUCAUUUUAACAAGAGCUUGGCUUGGAAGACAUGUUUCAGAUGUCAAGGAAGUUUCUCAUGUGCUAGUGGAAAACAAAAUAUAUAGUUUUUGUUAAAUUAGCAUAAGAGCCAGACCAUGUGAAGUUUGGCAUCUGAAAACAGCUGUAAUGAUUUCCCUAAUGCCAGCAUCAAAAAAAUCCAAAUACUUAUACACUGGCAACCAGCCUAGAAGAAAAUUGUGAUUAUAAAUAAAUUGUUUCUAUUGGUCAGUAAAAUAAAAAAUGUACAUUUUUCCUCCUAAAUAAAAUUAUAUUACUAUAGACAUUCAGUUCACGAACUCUGAUUUUUUUGUCAGCUUUUUACGAGGCCAGCCUCUUAGGGGGUAUGUAUAGGUGGUUUCUCGUUUUGAGGAGUUGGUCAUGUCUCUUUGGCAAUUAACCCAUCUUUCGUCUAGUCUAUGUAGUCUUAUAUCAUCCUUUCAAGGCUUAAUUUCACUUGUCCAAAUUUUACCCUACCAAAGCUCUUUUACUCACAAGGUCAUGUGUCAUUCUUGUCUGGACCCCGCAUAAAGUUAAAUUUGGUGGCGUGACCGUUCAAUUGAUUGCACUUCUAACAUAUAUAGUCACACCACUAGAAAAGCCAGUUGCAAAAGAAGCCAGAGGAGAAAAGGGAAAUUAAAACAAACAAACAAGCAAACUAUCUCAUAUACACAAAGUUAAAUGAAAAAAAAAAACAGGAUACGCAAUGCGAAAACAGGAAAUUUUUGCAUUUAGGUAAGUUCUUCAAUACUGCCAAGAGUAGAAGUCGAAAAAAAAACCUGUCCUGUAACUUUUCAAGCUCACUUGCCAAUUGUGCAUGGGUCCAGUAUAGGCAGAUCAUCUUAAAAUUUAAUUAACUAAAACAAGCAAGCAAGCUGUAAGGGCUGCUUGCCCCAAAAACAAGCUGCAAUAUUAUUUGUGUGAUUGAUGUUUUUAAAGAGCAUAAAUUUUCUGUUGAAAAUCAAGGGGAUAAAAUUGUAGAGAGCUGAUAAAGCCGAUUUUGUUAACUGUAGUGAGUUGUUGAAUUUACCCACAUAAAAAGACUGACAAGCUGAUGUUUCAGUGAUGUUUAAACAGGUAAAUUCAGCAGAUAAAAUUUGACCCAAUCAAGUUCUGUCUGUCAGGGUCAUUGAUAAAGAUCAAAAUUUUACUUUUUGGCAAAGACUAUUGCAGGAUUUUUAUCAUAUUUUCCUUUCUUCAUUAGAUAUAAGCCACUUAUACAUGGGUAAGUCAACAAGUCGGGGGAAAUAAAGCGUAAACAAUUAUUGUUCUAAAAGAAAGAAACAAAGUGUCUGGCACGGAGUACUACAACAACUGUGGCCUGAAUCACUCCAGGCCCAUGCAUACAUAAAACAGUAUAAUUAACACAGUUCAAAAUUACAAAGACAAAAUCAAUACAACAGGAUAUUGUAUUGCUCAUUGGUCUAGCUAGAUUACAUUAUUUGAAACAUGCUUUUAUAGCAAGGAGCCCAAAACUGUGACCGCUUUUGAUUUUUUUCACAUUUUUUCGUACAGAUUAAAACCAAUCAGAAGCCACCUGGAAUCUGUCCUCAACUUCUGAUUGGUUAACAUCUGCAUGAAAGAAUGUGAGUAAAUUAAAGGAGGUCAUGCUUUUGGGCUCCUUGCUGUAAAGGGUGUUGUAACAAUCACAUAUGGCUAGGGAUUAUAGUAGGGGGAGAAUUUAAAAUAUUAUUAAUUCCCAUUUGGAGCUUGUCUGCAAGGGAUUGGAAUGGCAUAAAUAUUUUGUAGGUACUUAGAAAAGAAGAUUUGUGAAGAAACUUCUUCCUAUGCAAAAUGCACUUCUUGCAUUUACAAAGAAGGUUUGAUCCCUAUCAAAAAUGUUGUGCUGCAUAAGAUUUUAACAUGGGCUACAGUACUUUAUAUACAUGGCCAGGUUUCAGUUGAGAUGCACAAAAUCCCUGUCAAGAAAAUUGUCAAUUACUUGACCAGUACAUGACUCACUCGGAGCUUGGUACGGUGUGUUCUCUGGGUAUUUUACCUUAUGGUUCCACAUUAUGAUGGCAGUAGAACUCUGAAAUAUUUUGUAUACUAAAACCUUCUUAUUUUGCUCUCUUUGUCAAGGUUUACAAGGUUCUGAUAAAACUCCCUGAUGGAAGGUCUUACUUCAUAUUUCGAAGAUACAAUGAGUUUCAUCAAUUAUGUGACAAGGUACAAUAAUUAAUGUAUUGCAAAGAAGACUCAAUCUGUCUUGAAACCCUGAUUAGUAGUAGCGAUGUAAUUUCUAGUUGUGUGCUGUACAAUCAACUGUCUCCUUAGCCCUAGGUCCCUUCAUGCUUCUAAUGUACCUGCACUGAACCUGAUGAUGGUAGAUACGAAACACAGGUCACAGGUCACAAAAGCAGGUUAGAGUACAGAUCACCUUGCUAGGGUAAAUAUUAGAACAACACUGUACUAAAAGUGUCCCCUAGCCCUAUAAUCACAUCCCAGAUAGAGUUUUAUCUUGUGGGGAAUUUGUUUAUCUCAGCUAUUUAAUCAAUAGAGUAGUGACCUGCACUUGUGACCUGUGUUUUGUACUUGCCAAAUGGUAACCCCCCUAUAAAAUAAAUAUCAAGAGGUGCCGGGUCCCUGCCUUUUUCAUGCAGGCUUUAACUGUGAUAUCCUUACCUAUAAAAAAAAGUAGUGGGCAAAGGAAGAAGUGUUGGGCACUUAAUUUGAGGGAGAGUGCUUAAUAGAGCAUGGGUGUAAAUUUUAAGAAAUACAUGUACUUACAGUACAAAUUAAAGUAUUUUACGCUGUUUUUUGCCCAUGAAGGCUGAGAGUGGAACAGUAAUUCCUUUAUAAUUUAGUCGCCAAAAUUUUUUUUCCUGUGCUUGUUUAAUUAAUAAUAUUAUUCAUACACAGGACACUAUUUUUGUGUCUUCUUCUUGAGACUGGACUGCCGUUCCUCUGUUGCCAACUCACCCAUGCUGAGGUGUAAGGUUUCUCUCAGUUAUUUCUGCAGGUCUUUGGCUUUAAACCCCAAACCCUCUGCUAGCUCUACUGACCAGCUGUACCAACUCAGCUAAAGCUGAUCCAUUUCAAGUUUAUUCUCUACUGAUCAGAUUUUUAUUUUUUGCAGCUUAAAAGAAUGUUUCCUGACCUGCGUUUGAAACUACCUAGUAAACGACUGCUAGGCAAUAACUUUGAUCCUGGUAAGCUUACUUGUUUGGGAAUGAGCAAAGCAAAAUUAUUUAUUUUGGGUCUAGAAAAAGACAACCUAGAAAAUCGUACGUACAACCUGUAGAUGACGUAGAAAGUGACAACCUAGAAAACAAUGACCUUGAAAAUGACAUUUUAGUAAACAACAACCCAGAAAUGGACCUGUUCCUCGUGUCUAUUGCCACAGUGAGAGAAAAUAGAACAUUAUAAACUACAUUAUAUUCACAGCAUAUAAAGCACUGGACAAACUUGAAUGUGAUUAUGAUCCUCGGUUUUACUUAUUUUCUUAUUUACUCCUGUGUUAUAGAGUUUAUCAAAGUAAGGCGAGAGGGUCUCAAUGAUGUCACACAGAAGAUUUUCAGUCAUCCUAAAGCCAUUGAACUGUAAGUUGGUUCUGUUUAACUACUAUUGUGCUUGAACCUAGUCAGUUCAUUGAGUGCUUAACUCUGAUCAGUGCAAUUCGAGCAGGACUGCAUAAUUUUGCCAUCAGCAGAAAAACCUUACAUACCUUACAUACCCAUAUAUCGGGGACAGCAGGAAACAUUUUUCAUGCUUUUACAAUUUCAUAAAACCUAAUUUUUUUUCAUUGCUGGCAUGGUUCGCUGGCUUGCAGAUUGUCCAGCCUUCAAUGAACACAGCUGAGGUUGCAUGGGGGUUGCUGUUCUGUGAAAUUACAAGCAUUUUAUACAGUCAGUUUUAACUAUUUAAUAGGCUUCUUUCAUGGGCUCAAACAAAGUCCCUUGUGGUUAUAUGUCAUGGGGACCAAUAGAUUUUCCUUUGUGGCAAGUAACUUUUCAUACAUUUAAUAACUUUUCAUAUUGAUGGUAAGGCUGUUUAGACUGACAAUUCACGACACCAGUACUGGUUUCCCCAUGAAAUUAAUGAUGCUUCUGAUUGGUUGUGCUGCGUGUAAAAUUUGCUUCGACCAAUCAGAAGCACUAACCAGGUCUGGGUAGUGAUGCGUCAUCAGUAUGGAAUUUCUGCUCUCAUUUCUCACACAUUAUUCCUGAGGAAACCAGCUAAGUGGUGGUCUCACAAAAUGUCAGCUGUUGUCUCAGGCUACUUCUGAUUAACUGCCCUGCAGGGCAAGCAAAAUUUUGAUAGCUGCAUGUCUGAAGUACAGUUGAAAUUCAAGUAAAAAUUGGAAUGACAGUUUUAAUGUUGUCAUUUUUUGCAGACCUGAGGUGAGAGAAUUCUUUAAUCUUGAUAAUCCAAGGAAUGCAGAAACUAAUGACGAUGAUGAUCAGCCAGGAGCUGACGAGUCUGACACUCAGGUAACAAACGAUAUGACCCAGUUUGGAUGUAUACAACAAGCUUCACUUCAUACAUUGGACUUAUUGUUUUAUUAUGAGCAAUACCAUGCACCCAUCUUUACUGUUGCUGUAUGCCAUUUACCAGCUGUAAGGUGCCUCAUUUUACCUUACCAGAAUUAACACCACUCUUUGUAGGAGCAAAAAAAUUGUGAUGAAUUGCACCCCAGAAUAAGCGCUGUAUAAAUGUCCCAGCCAUAAUACAGCACUUGCCAAUAUAUAAUUUUUGUUUUAAAGAUCAAGCCCCAAUAAAAGUCAGCUCCCAUCGUAUGUACAUGUAUUCAUUUUCAUGUUAACAAGUCACUUGGUGGAACAUGCACAUCUCAAAAAUAUUAAGCCAGAGUAUAAACUGCAUACCAUAAACUUCUGCUUAUAAGCCGUGGGCUUAUAUGACUUCGUAAGGAGGUUUAUGAAUGUGGGGCUUAUAACCAGACGUAAAAAAGCAUUUCAAAACAAGCUAAAUAGAUAGCAGUAGUGCUGGUCAAAAUACUUUUUGAAUUUACUCGCUCUUUUAAACUUCAGAAGGUCGUAAAAAACAAAUUCAUUUCAAUACAAGCUAGAGGGUCGAUGGUGAUAUCCAGGGCGGCUUUAUUUAUUUUAUUUAUUUAUUUUUUCGUUUACAGGUAGAUAGCCCAUAACUAGGGAGGGGGGGAGGGGGGGACUUACAAGUGGAAGUUUACAGUAUAGGUUUAUACAAGUGUCCCAUGCAGGUUUGUUGGCUAUAGGUUAAGUUUGAAAAAAAGGCCAGUGGUGCGUAACUGCAGAAUCCCAGGUUGCCGAUUCAAACUGUUUGUGCAUUCUGUUUUUCAGACAUGUUUUACUAUUAAAAGCGUGACGGCAUUGGGCUCCUUUCUUCAGUUUGUUGUAGGUCUUGAUAUUGUUUUCUUUCAUAGGCUAAGGAUAUGGAUGGGAUUGAUUUAGGAGGUACAAAUAAUCCAAAGUGAGUACAAUGUGUUCAUGUUUUAUUAUGGGCCGUGUAAAAUGCAGACUGUGGACUGACUGCGUACCAUUGUUUUUCACAAGGGUUAGAAAACAAUGGGGCUAUUGUUGGCAUGUUCUUAUUUGCAUGGUGAAGACAAUAGUCUGCAGUCUGCGUUUUACACUGACCGAUGUUCUUUUAGAAAAUGGCAUGUCCAAGACCCCCCUAGUGGCUUGCACCUUUGGCGUUUGUGGGCAUGGCUAUGCUGCUCCACAAACCCCCUUUUUUUCAGUUGACAGGGUUGGAAUCUCUGCAGUGGCCACCCUAUGGCCUAGAGAGAUGGUUACCUCACCAUGCUGAUAAAAAUUUUUUAACUCAAAUCACAUGCAAGGAAAGUGAUGUUUUUGGAGAAGGGGGUUGGGUAGUGUGCAUUUGGAAAGAUGUACAUACAUCUGGAAAAGUCCUUGCUUAUCAUUCCCCUGCAUGAAUAUUGAAUAUCUGAAUGCAACAGUUUAGCAAAUCAGAAUUAUAUUUUUCUUCUCUAGAGCAAAGCCUAGUGAUUUCCUUUUCUUGAAAGUUAUAGGAAAAGGGAGCUUUGGAAAGGUAAGUGAAGCAUGAUUUUCUUCAAACCUUACAAUUUCCACUUGGAACCCAAUUCUAAUUUCAUCUUGUUUCCUAAAAGGUUUUUCUUUCCAAGAACAAGGCGGAGGAUAAAAUCUAUGCCAUUAAAGUUCUGAACAAGGCUAUGAUAAGAAAGAGGAAAGAGGUUAGUUUUAAUUAUAUACCAGUACUUAUGUACAGUUUCUACAUUAUUUUUGUGAUUUUGCACCAUUUGUCUCUUGAACAAUGGUUCCUGGGGAAAAAGAGUUGUGAUCUCUCUGCAACAAUUAAAAAAAAUGCAGGGCAAUGUUUUUCUAAAGAAUCAGAGGCCACACGCAAAAAUUCAGCUGAUUUGGAAGAAAAAAAAAAGCAUUAUUUAAUGCAUUUAUUUCACAUGCAAAAUGAGUGUAGGAUUUGAUCAUGAGAUGUUAAAUGACUCUGAAGCUGAUUAAAAAUGGUCAGCAUAAAUGCGAGAAAAAUUUACCAGACAAGUUCAUUUAAGAUGCAGAUACCGUGCUAUGACAAUGGUGCAUACUGUCAAGUGGGGAGUUAAUAAUAAUUAUUGUACAUUUCAAUGCUGCUUUUGCCCGUACUUUGAUUGUGUAUCUAUCCAAUAAGUAUAAGUGUGAAUUACCUGUAUAGGCAACUUGCUGAAAAUUGCAAAAAUCGAUUUCCAGCAAGAAAAACCAUCAUUUGCAAAUUUAGCUGUCACAGAAGUCACACAAAAUCACCCCUUCCUUCGCAAGAUUAUCAUGUGAAAACUAAGUGUAACGCAAUGCUCUUUUUUAGGCAAAGCAUAUCAUGGCGGAACGGAAUGUUUUGUUGCAGAAUAUUAAACAUCCCUUUUUGGUGGUAAGACUGAUUAAUUGAUUGAUUGAUUGAUUGAUUAAUUCACAUUUAAGGUACCUUUUUGCACUUAUGUCCAGGAUUGAACUCUUUUGUAAGUAAUUUAUGGAUGUGUAAAAAAUAAGGCCAUAAGUGAUAUUUGAUCUAAUGCCCAAUUUCUCCCAUUGUUUCACAAGGAAAUAGAGGCUAACUUGUAAUGAGAAAUAAUUUCUCAUUACAAACAGCUACAUUAUGUAGCUGUUUAUAUGCGGUUACUUGUGGGGACUUUUUCCCAGGCACCCAAUUUAGCCAUAAGUGACAGCCUCUUUAUCAAUGUUUUUAAUCACAGGGUCUCCACUACUCUUUCCAAACAAGGGAUAAGUUAUACUUUGUGUUGGACUAUGCAAAUGGUGGAGAGGUAGGUAGAGAGUCAUCGGGUAAAUUUAUGUUGUGCUUAUAAAGCCAUGGGCAGAUUAAGGUGUCAGCUAAGCGGACCACGGCCACCCCAUUUCCUGUGAAAUUUUGUAUUAUUUUAAAAUAAUUCUAAGAAAAUAUGUUUGGGUCCAUUGGCAGAUCAUUGCAGCAGGGAAGGGGAGCAGCCCCCUGUUUUAGCCAUAGAGCACCCCUUUACCUCAGGAUUUGGUCUGGAUCUCGAUCAAUGAAAAGAAAAGAAAAAUGUUUUUUACAAUUCAGCUACACCCUAGAUUAAACUUAACAAUGUUAAAAAACAAACUCGGAAUGGAAUUUCUCUGUUACAAAGUCAAAAAGGCCCUCCAAUGUAUAAAAGAGGACAUGGGGUGAUGGAGGCUACCUCUCUGUCUAUACAUACAUGUAUGGGCUCCUUAUUUCCAAAUAUUCAUGCAAUGAGAUAUGAUGGUUGGUUUUUCGUUGUUGUUGUAGCUUUUCUUUCAUUUGCAAAGAGAGAGAUAUUUUCAAGAAAGCAGGUAAGUAUUGGUAUAGUGCCAGUAUAUAUAAAGGAUUAUUACAUAGCCAUGUAGUCUCCCUCGCAGCCAUUUUUAGUAUAGCGUUGCGUGACGAUACUAAAAACGGCUGCGAGGGAGACUAAUAGCCAUGCGGAGUUACAAAAUUUUUCUUUGAGUGCUGAACAAUAUUUCACAAUUGAGUACAGUGAAUAAUAAAAUUUAACUGUUUUUCAAUGCGAGAAGAAAAAUUUUGUAUUGCUAAGUGGUCAUGUAGUGUUCUAUUUGUUUAUUAUAAACACUAAUAAAUCAUCAAACCAAUUCACUUAAACAUUUUUGUUCUGUCGUGAAAGGCACAAUUUUAUGUAACCAUAGCAAUCGUGACCUUUUUACGUGUGAAGAUAAUAUGUUACCUCUUUGUGUGAAGAUACGUUUUUGCAAGAAAACGCGCCUGGUAUUUCAAUGGUGUUUAAUAUAAUAAUAGUGUAUAUCUAUAUUAUGCUGAGGUACUUCUAUUCAUAUCACCGAUGCGGUAAUGCAGUUGACAGGCAAAACAAGGUCAUGUCUAAUUGAGUUUCUUUUGGUAGAGUUUUUAGCUUUUCAGGGUGAAAACAAUAUUUCAGACCAAAGCAUUACAGGAUUUAAAAAACAGAGUAUACAGGAAAAAUUUUUAAGAGUUAAAAACUCAUUAAUAUUCCGUGGCGAUGAACUGUUACAAAAUUAAUUACAAAAUUGAUAAGAAAAUUAAUUACAUAUUUAAUAAGUGGUUAUAAAUAUGGAGAAAAUUGACUGGAGAUUUCAGCCCCAAUUUUUCCUUUAAUCAGAAACCCUCCAAUAAGUGGAAGAAUGAACAGAUGUAUUGGAAAGAUUUUCAAACCAUCUGAUAAGCAUUCCCUUUUGGUUAUAUUAAGUCAUGUGAACAGUUGACCUGCAGAUAACCUAACAGUGUUUACUGAUGACUAUGUACAGUAGGCCACUCUAGUGAAAAAACGGCAAUAAUUUGCACUGCUGAUGCAUGCACAGACAUUUAGUUUCCUCGGUUUAUAGAGAAGGCAUUCAAUUUUCCUUGAGCUAUGAAUUGAGAAUAAUAUUAUGAUACAUUUUAUUACCAAACAUUUCAGGGCAAGAUUCUACGCAGCAGAAAUUGCCUCGGCAAUAGGUUAUCUUCACUCUCUUCAAAUCAUUUAUAGGUAGGUCACCAAUUUCUAACAGGUGCAAGCUGUCACGAAAAUUUCAUAUUACUUGGUGUGUUGCCGUCGUACUUUCGUAAGAUCCGUAGUGAUGAAGUAGAUGCUCAUCCAAAAUAUUUUUUUGCAAACGGCUAACUUGCUCUAAAAUGGACAUUUAUGGGGCUGACACGUCUCAAUGAAUCGUCUAUAUAAGUCGUCUUGUACAGUGAUUCUAACGUUUGAGUCUGUGGACCCUUCAAGUGGAACCUCUUUCAAGUGGUGCUUUUUGUUUUUCUGCAUUUUAUAAAAUGAAAUUUAAGAAUUUCAUUAAAUUUUAACUUUGGCUGCGUUUUGGAUAGCCUGCGAAGCGCAGACGCAUUUCCGGUCGUCGCUUCUCUCCCUCCGAAAAAUAGCGUCUGCGAACCCGAGCGGCAAAACGAUUUCCGUGACGUAAAACCUUUUGUUUUGAUGUAGGCCAAUCAAAUCAAAGGAUAGAAUACAGCUCGAGUGACUCCUCGCGACCUCGCGCGCUGAAGUGUCUUGGAUUUUGGCGAGAAUUACCAAAUACGCUUUGGAACGUGAAUUUCACGACCAUAAGAAGGUUUCCUGCCACAUUGAAUGGUGACUUCUUUAUGAAGCAACGGCUUCUUAAGCUAUGUAUGUGAUGUGGGCCUUUGGUUUCGCUUUAUAAAAGACCGUAGUACGUGACAUAAACAAAACCUGAACCAAAUAAUCGCUACAGCGAAAGGAAAGCAACAUAGCUUAAUGACAUCGCGCUCAGACUUAUUUAUUUCAAUUUAACCAGCGCUGACAAAAGGUGGUGAAUCAAUUAUACAGACACAUCCUUGACUGAUUCAGAAAUCUCUAACAAUCGCUCGUUAAUAAUUCUAGUAUCGCCACAACACAAUGAUCUGAAAUAUUAUAAACCUGGGCCAGACCCAGCGUGAAAUAAAUAGUUACAGCAGUAAAUAGAUCAUAGUCAAAAUGACAUUUCAGCUACGACGCUUCGACUCAUCUCACAAAAAACUAUGGAAAUGAGAACCUUGAAAAGAACAUGUACUCAAAGAAAUAUACCGGAACAAAUAUAAAAUGCUUUCGAUCUGAUCAAAGUUCUAUCUGAACCAAGAAGCAACCACGCAUGGAAAAUCAAUUACCACAUGUCCUACCUUUCAAAGAUAAAGGAUAUCUACUAAAAAUAUCUAAAGCGGCACACGACAAACUAUCGAAGAGUUCUCCAAGGCACACUUUCCUGUCAGGAACCAGAGAGGAACAGAAGCAACAAACGGCAUGAUGCGUCUUCUGUCAUUAGGACAUUUAUCGUUUCGAAUAUGAUCAAAACAACAAGGUGUGAUAAAUCAAUGACUCCGUAGGCAAAUAGAUGGAAAUUGUCCUCUAAUCUUUUCUUCGAUAUGAAUCCUCUUGAUACUUAUUUCGUCAAUCAGUGCCACAAUCCUGGCAAAUUAACUUUCGUAAACGCGGCGUAAAAGGACGGCUAAAAAAAAGCCACGUCGUCCUUUCAAUUUCGACUUGAAAACAUAUCCACCGCGCACGAUCCUGCGAGAAGUCUCGCGAGUUAGUUCCUUGAUUUUAAGAGCUAAACCGUGAUUGGCUAAAAAGGUUUUACGUCACGGAAAUCGUUUUGCCGCUCGAGUUCGCAGACGCUAUUUUUCGGAGGGAGAGAAGCGACGACCGGAAAUGCGUCUGCGCUUCGCAGGCUACGUUUUGGAGUGAAAGGAAUAAAGAGGUGACCACAUCACAGAGAAUCAAAGAAAACCGACUGAAGAAAGGGUGCUGUCUUAAUUGGUCUUUCAGUCGGACAGGUGUUAUUACCAAAUUACAUUUUACAAAAGAUAGAAAAAACACUGAACCAACGAUAGUUUCUGCAACUGCCGAUGAGAGGAUCCGACCAAGUCCAGGUGUCUUUUUACGAAGGUCUCUGUUAAGAGAGCAAUAUGUUCUGCCAGUCACCGGUAAUUUAGUGUCCCUUCAUUUUGAGCAUUCUAUUAAAGAUGACUUAAAGUUGUUAGCUGAAGAGAAUUUUAAGUCGAAGAAGGAUAUUGGCUGACUCCAUGUCAGCGCUUUUCCCUUAGACUAUAGGUAACAUUACAUUUUUCAUUUUUCAGGGACUUGAAGCCAGAGAAUAUUCUUCUAGAUUAUAAGGUUUGUUCACCUUGUUAUGUUAUUUUAUUUCAUUUUUAUAUCUUUCCACUUGCUUGUAAAUUUUAUUCAUUUUUAGUCUUUCUUUUUAACUUAUUGUAAAGCGCAUUUGAUCAUGUCCCAUGGAAAGUUGCGCUAUAUAAGUUUUAAUUAUUAUUAUAUUAUUAUUAUUAUUACCCCAACUAGCUUCUUGCUAUUAUUAAUUCGCGAUAGAUAAUAUUUUUACAAUUUCUACGAUUAACUUCGAGCAAUCACAACGUAAAAACUGGUGUUUUACAAUGUUUUUUUCCUGGCAGGGUCAUAUUGUUUUAACAGACUUUGGACUAUGUAAAGAGGGAAUAGAAUCUUCAGGAACAACCUCAACAUUCUGUGGCACACCAGAGGUAAUUCUUUACAAUAACCUCAAACAAUUGUCACUAUGUCACACUCUCCACAAGUUCAUUGAUCUUUUUGCCGAGUCUAGGUUUAGAGAGAUCAGAACCAAUAAAAUUGAAAUUCUCUUAAAAAUGUUUAUGGCUUCUCGAGUGAUCAAAAAUCCUUGGUCAAUUUUUAACGGAAAUUUAUGCUUGUGAUAUCCAAACGCUCUAUACAAUGUAAAUUCCUUAGUUGCAUGGAUGUGAAUACUUAAUAAAAAUUUAUACCCUAUAUCUUCAGGUCACCAGUGAUAGACAUUCUUUUUACUAGGAUCUGUAUUUGUAAUAGUGACAUGCCCCACCGAGAGCACAACUUGUACCUAUUUUCGAUAUUUUUUGUUUCUCUUGUUGGUAGUACUUAGCUCCAGAAGUUCUUCGGAAGCAGGAAUACGACAAAACAGUGGAUUGGUGGUGUCUGGGUGCAGUCUUAUACGAAAUGAUGUAUGGUUUGGUAAGAAUUCUAAUUAUUAGCCUGCGAGAAAGCUAUCUAGUUUAAGGAUAUCGUGAGAAGUCACGCCCGUGACGGGGAAGGAAAGGGAAGCUCUCCUUUCCACUGCCACUCGCGGCCACUCGUUCUCGCGUUUUCUCGUAUAUCACCCACGCUUGUCAAUCGGAAUGGAAAGCUUGCUCGCAGGAUACUCUCGAUACUUGAUUAUCAGCUUAGCACCGUAUUAGUUUAAGCGUGCGUUACUUUAGGACAAUUCCAAUCAAUCAUGUUUUUAUUCUCUGAUUCUUUGGAUUCGUUUUGGCUCAGGUGUCUCAGUUUAAUAAACUGAUGACAGAAAUCAUUGUUAAAUUUACAUUUAUUUUUUAUUACUUUGGUCCAUAAAAAGGAAACUCAAAAUUUCUUUAUUUCCUUCGUAGCCUCCAUUUUACAGCCGCAACACAGCUGAAAUGUAUGAGAAUAUUCUGUACAAACCGCUACGUCUAAGGACCAACAUUUCCCAGAGUGCAAGAAACAUUUUAGAGGGGGUAAGUGACCAGCUAUUGGACGUUCGAUGGUUUGUCUCCCAAAAGGAAGUCAAAACAAUUUAUACGUAAACGAACUUUUGAAAAGUAGGUGAAACAUGAUCUUCCGGGUGAGUGUAGUCCGAAACUGGCUCGUUGACGACAGUGACUCCUAGGGAGCUCAAGCAACAACGACGGGCGACGGCUACAAAAACGUCACUUAAAAAGUGAAGUCGCGCUGCUUCAAACGUUUCUGCGCCUAUUCUAUCUCGCUCAAGUCGUCAAAUGUUGGUACUUUUUUUCUGGAGUUGAAUUCUAAACGACUCUAUCGAAGUUCAGGAAAAGAUAAAGAAAGUCGUUGUCUUGAGUUCACUUUCUCUACAAAAACGUAUAAUUAUGCAUUUUCUCGUCGUAGUCGUGCCGUGACGGCAAAGAAAUGUACAAAAAAGCGCGGUGCACGUACAUAUUUGUUGUUUUGCCAAUCUAAACCAAUUUCUCUUUUGCCGUUCUCGUUGACGUCGCCUUCGUCGUUGCUCACGCUCGGUACUGACGUUUCGAUAACCUAUGCGGAGGUCAUCAUCGAUAUGGACUGAACACCACUCAGCACCAUUCGUUUGCGUCAAGAGUCUUCAGAGCCGAAACCACGGCUUGCCUGACAGACGACUUAGAAGCUGUUAACAUGGAGGGGAGAUCCUAGCAUUAGAAGGAUCCUAGAAGGUGGAUCAUUCUGGCGCCUUAUGUUGUUAGUAUUCAGUUUACAUCUAAUGGGUCGUAUUUGUCCCUAGCACUAGGAUCUUCCUAGGUGAGAGAUAGGAAGAUCCUAACCCCGUGUAAUCUGUUUUUGCAAGGAGAUUUUAGUGCCAGGGACAAACCAGACAAAAAUGGCGGCAGGUCGUUCAGUGGAUUAUCACGGCAAUAAAGGCCGAACACUUCGUUUGGCGUUACUGCUACUACUACUACUACUCCAUUAACGUCUUAUAUUUCCCUUUAUAACGAACUCCUAUUCAGCGGACAUCUCCAUUAAGCGGACGCGGACACUAAAAUAGAUUAUAUUGGCUUAUUUCUUUUGUUAAAAACCUCUGUUAAGCGGACACCGGACUGAAUUGAAAAUAGUAGUAUUGGAUUACGUCCUUGAAAAACGUACUGUAGUCGAUAAAUAAAGAUAAAUCAAUAUAUUUAGCUGUCAAUAAACUGUAAAUUAGAUCGAUAUCCGGCCGUAUGAUUGUCAUCCGCGUGCAACAAACAUUGUGCAACUUUUACAAACCUCUAUUCAGCGGACACCCUCUAUUAAGCGGACAGUUGAGAGGUCCCGAAGGUGUCCGCUUAAUAGAGGUUUCACCGUACUUGAAAACCGCACGGACCAAAAUUUCUGCAUGUAAACCCAACAAAAAGUUGUUGCGCCUUCCAAGAACUUCCUACCUCCAUGCAAACAGCCCCUUACAGCUACCGCAUCUUUUCUAUUUCCUACGAAAUAGUAUUUUAUCACUUUUAUGAUGAAAAUAUUUCUUAGCCUGCGUGCAGGCGUCUUCUGUUUCCUUUGUGGCUUGCGGAACAAAGAAAUAUAUGUUGUAGUUAAUUUUUUAUCUCAGUUAAUUUUUAUUUUUCCAUUGUUUUUGAAUAUGGUAAUGUAUGGUAAUGAAUUGAGACAAAGGAAAAACAAAAAUUACCUGAAAUAAAAAAUUAUCUGCAACAUAUACGAGACUUCAGUACGCAGGCUGAAUAUUUAUGUGAUAACGCUUUUUUUUCUUGCUGAUAGCUUCUGCAGAAAGACCGUACCAAGAGGCUUGGACAGGGACCAAGUGAUUUUGUAAGUAAUAGUUCUGCUACUAAAUACAUUCAAACUCUGCAUUAUCAUCGCCGAGAAUGCUAUUGUCUUUCGGGACAUGUACUUACAGCGCCCAGUUUGUCAAUGCAAGGAAUAACAAUUAGAUGAAUUGAGCUUUUGGAAUGCCGACGUGCCUCGACAAAGAAUCUGUGGCUCUCAAUCAAACCGUUUGAUCAAGAAGCUUAAAUCUCUAGGUGUGACUGAAAGUUCAAGUAAUAUUUUUUUUGCUUUAUUUCUGUAAGACUAACCCAACAAGUGGCACAUGAUCACGUUUUUCCCCCCAUUUUCUACUUCUGCCAUUAUCAUCGUGUAUAGAUUUGUGUUUCUUAAUAUUCAACGCUUUUCAACUAGAGAUUCUCUGAGUUUUUUCUUACUUAGGUGAGAGAAGUGGGAAAGUAUUUAAGUGAUUGAAAAGAAGCGAAACGGCAUUGGAGUUAAUUUCCAAGUAACUAAAGCUUAAUUCGGUAAAAAUUCUCUAGUACACACGAAGAGAUCUGUCCCUGCGAUGUGUCUCCGUGACAUGUUGCUGUAACUUGUUCGCCCAGUGUAUUCCGACCUAGGAAGUUGGAUGUGGCACAGUGAAUACCAUAGGGUCAGAGAACAAUUUUAAAGUACUGAGAAAAUUGUACCUAGAAGCAUGGGCUUAGCUGCCUUGUUUUUAGAAGUUGUACUUUAUCGGCAAGUCAUUUUAAGUUUAAUCAAUCGUUUUUCAUCCUCAGGAGGACAUAAAGAAUCAUCCGUUCUUCAGGAUCAUUGACUGGGAGUCGUUGUAUGAAAAGAAAAUUGACCCACCAUACAAUCCUAAUGUGGUGAGUAAAACGAAACCACGGCUUGCCUGACAGACGACUUAGAAGCUGUUAACAUGGAGGGGAGAUCCUAGCAUUAGAAGGAUCCUAGAAGGUGGAUCAUUCUGGCGCCUUAUGUUGUUAGUAUUCAGUUUACAUCUAAUGAGUUGUAUUUGUCCCUAGCACUAGGAUCUUCCUAGGUGAGAGAUAGGAAGAUCCUAGCCCCGUGUAAUCUGUUUUUGCAAGGAGAUUUUAGUGCCAGGGACAAACCAGACAAAAAUGGCGGCGGGUCGUUCAGUGGAUUAUCACGGCAAGAAAGGCCGAACAUUUCGUUUGGCGUUACUACUACUACAACUACUCCAUUAACGUCUUAUAUUUCCCUUUAUAACGAACUCCUAUUCAGCGGACACCUCCAUUAAGCGGACGCGGACACUAAAAUAGAUUAUAUUUGGCUUAUUUCUUUUGUUAAAAACCUCUAUUAAGAGGACACCUAGCCUGCGUGCAGACGAUAACUAAACUCUGAUUAGUACCAGAGUUUAAUUUCGUCUGCGCGCAGGCUAGCGGACACCGGACUGAAUUGACAAUAGUAGUAUUGGAUUACGUCCUUGAAAAACGUACUGUAGUCGAUAAAUAAAGAUAAAUCAAUAUAUUUAGCCAACAAAAAGUUGUUCCGCCUUCCAGGAUCUUCCUACCUCCAUGUAAACAGCCCCUUAGCUACCGCAUCUUUUCUAUUUCCUACGAAAUAGUAUUUUAUCACUUUUAUGAUGAAAAUAUUUCUUAGCCUGCGUGCAGGCGUCUUCUAUUCCCUUUGUUGUUUGCGGAGCAAAGAAAUAUACGAGACUUUUGUACGCAGGCUAAAUAUUUAUGUGAUAACGCUUUUUUUCUCGCUGAUAGCUUCUUCAGAAAGACCGUACCAAGAGGCUUGGACAGGGACCAAGUGAUUUUGUAAGUAAUAGUUCUGCUACUAAAUACAUUCAAACUCUGCAUUAUCAUCGCCGAGAACGCUAUUGUCUUUCGGGACAUGUACUUACAGCGCCCAGUUUGUCAAUGCAAGGAAUAACAAUUAGAUGAAUUGAGCUUUUGGAAUGCCGACGGGCCUCGACAAAGAAUCUGUGGCUCUCAAUCAAACCGUUUGAUGCAAGAAGCUUAAAUCUCUAGGUGUGACUGGAAGUUCAAGUAAUAUUUUUUUUUCUUUAUUUCUGUGAGACCAAUCCAACAAGUGCCACAUGAUCACGUUUUCCCCCUAUUUUCUACUUCUGCCAUUAUCAUCGUGUAUAGAUUUGUGUUCCUCAAUAUUCAACGCUUUUCAAUCCUCUGAGUUUUUUCUUACUUAGGCGAGAGAAGUGGGAAAGUAAUUAUAAAUAAAGUGAUUGAAAAGAAGCGAAACGUCAUUGGAGUUAAUUUCCAAGUAACUAAAGCUUAAUUCGGUAAAAAUUCUCUAGUACACACGAAGAGAUCGGUCACUGCGAUGUGUCUCCGUGACAUGUUGCUGUAACUUUUCGCCCAGUGUAUUCCGACCUAGGAAGUUGGAUGUGGCACAGUGAAUACCAUAGGGUCAGAAAACAAUUUUAAAGUACUAAGAAAAUUGUACCUAGAAGCAUGGGCUUAGCUGCCUUGUUUUUAGAAGUUGUACUUUAUCGGCAAGUCAUUUAAGUUUAAUCAAUCGUUUUUCAUCCUCAGGAGGACAUAAAGAAUCAUCCGUUCUUCAGGAUCAUUGACUGGGAGUCGUUGUAUGAAAAGAAAAUUGACCCACCAUACAAUCCUAAUGUGGUGAGUAAAGUCAAGUGUCACAAGUGAAUGACUGCUUACAAUGUGUAUAAAUACUCCAAACCUGGGCUUUUCAGUCACAAUGUUUAUAUGACUACGAUAUUAUAACAACGUAGAAAAAAAAAAAACAAAUUAGUAGAAAAUGUGUACGUUGGGACAAGUAAAAAAAUAGGAACAUAUUUUAAAUAAAUAAACAAGUGAAUGAAUAAAUAAAUAGAUUUCAUCUAAGCUAAAUUUCAUCACUCAAAAGCGCAUUCAGUAGACGGCGUCUGAAAAUUGUCACAUUCUCCUCUACUUUAAAGUCACUGGAAAGAUUAUUCCACAGUUUGCAUCGGAGUACGCAAACAUAAACGCUGCCAAGACGACAAGCGACAUAUAGGGAUAUGCAAUAGAUUACACGAUCUUGUGGCCCUCCCAUGAAAUGUAACGAAGAAUGAGAGGACAGAUUUAUAAUUCUCUUUCCGUUUUAUAUUAGGGACCCUAAGCAGAGCUAAGCAGCGACAACGGCGACGGCACUGAAAACGUUAUUGGUAGAGUGAAUUCGUACUCUUUCAAAUUUUAUCACGUUUUUUCCAACACGCUUAAACUGUGAAAAUAUGUAGGCGANUUUAAGUUUAAUCAAUCGUUUUUCAUCCUCAGGAGGACAUAAAGAAUCAUCCGUUCUUCAGGAUCAUUGACUGGGAGUCGUUGUAUGAAAAGAAAAUUGACCCACCAUACAAUCCUAAUGUGGUGAGUAAAGUCAAGUGUCACAAGUGAAUGACUGCAUACAAUGUGUAUAAAUACUCCAAACCUGGGCUUUUCAGUCACAAUGUUCAUUUGACCACGAUAUUGUAACAACGUAGAAAAAAAAUACCAAAUUAGUAGAAAAUGUAUACGUUGGGACAAUUAAAAAAAUUGGAACAUAUUGUAAAUAAAUAAAUAAAUAAAUGAAGGAAUAAAUAAAUAGGUUUCAUCCAAGCUAAAUUUCAUCACUCAAAAGCGCAUUCAGUAGUCGGCGUCCGAAAAUUGUCACAUUCUCCUCUACUUUAAAGUCACUGGAAAGAUUAUUCCACAGUUUGCAUCGGAGUACGCAAACAUAAACACUGCCAAGACGACAAGCGACAUGUAGGGAUAUGCAAUAGAUUACACGAUCUUGUGGCCCUCCCAUGAAAUGUAACGAAGAAUCAGAGGACAAAUUUAUAAUUCUCUUUCCGUUUUAUAUUAGGGACCCUAAGCAGAGCUAAGCAGCGACAACGGCGACGGCACUGAAAACGUUAUUGGUAGAGUGGAUUCGUACUCUUUCAAAUUUUAUCACGUUUUUUCCAACACGCUUAAACUGUGAAAUAUGUAGGCGAAUUCCCAAGGACCGCAUCCAAAUUCAAAAAUUGGAAGAAAAAUUUCUCGCUGUGUGAUUACGUCCUCAGCAAAACGUCGCAUUAGCAAAUUUUUACGUGGUAGUCGUGCAGUGACGACUAAAAAAUGUACCAGAAAGUGUAAUGCACGAACAGAGUUGUUGUUCUGCUCGUUACAUAAGCUUCCUUCUAACGUCAGGCACCUUAAGAUCCGCGGACGGCGAGGGAAGCGAAAACCUCUCUUAAAAAUUGAAUUUGCGUUCUUCCAAUCUUCAUCGCGAUCAUUCUGACUCACUCACUUAAGCAAACACUCCUUGACUUGAAUUCCUGAGAACCAUAUUCAGGAUAAGAAUGAGAGAAAAUUUCGUCCUGGCUUGUUUAAGUCUUCCAGAAAACGCCGUGAAACUAGGCAUUUUCGCGUCGUAGUUGUCGCUGUGUUGCGCUGAAAAUCGUCGUUGCAAAACGUCCCGUGUAUAGCUCAGAUGUCGCCAUAUGGUAACUGGUCGUUUCGAUACAAACCCAAGCAGUAAACCUGCACAAAAAUUUCGAUCACUUCAAGUAUAGUUUGUGCCUGAAAAAGAAAAACAUUGUUGGUGAAUAUUCUUCGUUCUUAAAGCUAAGUACGUGAAGCUUUUUACAACUCGAAUGAAUAAACUUGUAUCGAAACGACCGGUAACCCCGCAUAUGGGGCGCCAUCUUUGAACGUAUUGCAAUCAACGUAAUCCGUGACAUGCAUGGUGUGAAGUAAUAAAAGGGGUGGAGGCAGAUCAUACCACCAGGGACCGGGGAAACUCCCCUACUGUUUUCAUUUUUUCGAACGGAGGCUUUAAGUGUGCGUUCUUUUACGACCCCUAGGAGUAAACUAACGAAGGAAGUAUGAGGGAGACAGAGCCAACGGCUUAACGUCACCGCCCAAUGACGCCAUCAUCCUCAAUUAACCCCCAACAUACCGUAAAAUUCCGAAAAUAAGCCCCGGGGCUUAUACCCCCCGGUAUUUUUCAAAGGCCUUUUUUGAGGGGCUUAUUUUUGGAGGAGCUUAUCUAUGGAGGGAAAUUUGCGUUUCAAAAUCGAGUGGGCUAGCCUUACAGUUGGAAGGAAAUUUACCGUUUUUGCUUUGCUUUACUCUGUAUUUGAGGGCAAUUUUCGAGUGCAAGCCCCCGGGGGGCUUAUAUAUGGAGGGGCGAUUUAACGGACGGUUUUUUUCGUUACAAGUUUGGGGGGCUUAUAUUUGGAGGGGCUUAUUUUCGGAAUUUUACGGUAUUCUCAUCAGAUAUUUAUCUAUUGUAUUUUUAUAGUUAGCGUGUCUUCGAUAAGUGGUAGUAUAUUUUCCGGUAUGCUCCUCGGAUACGGAAAUACGCAGUGUUUCUCUUGAUACUUACUUACUUUAUUUGACAGAGUGGUCAACUGGAUCUGAAGCAUUUUGAUCCUGAAUUUGUUCGUGAGCCGGUCCCAGGUUUGUUUCUGCUUUCCUGCUUUAAUAUUGUUGUAAACUUUGUAAGAUAACUCUGUUUCUUUUGUCUUUGCUCCAUAUUAGCGCUAUUUUGAACAAAAUCUAAUUGGCAUUUUUCAUUUUUGUUGCCUGUUCCCCUGUAACAAACCAUUGAAGUAGUUUGUUACCAUUAUCCGUUUUCGCUUUAAAAAACUGCUCCUCCUUGGCAUACAUCAUACCUGACUUGAAGUUUGCAUUCCAGUGAGGUCAAAUAUGCGAAGUUAUGGAAUAAAACAACGUGGAGUCAUUUCGAAGGUAACUGUUCACAUUCCCCUACUUUUCUGUAAGAUAGUCGAGAUCGAGCGCUUUCCGGUACAGGCAGCCAACUUGGCUUCAAAUGUUCUGAGUUUAGCCUGGGGAUGAGUCUCAAAUCUACUUAGGGGACGGAGGACGUUUGGGGAGGAGGCGCCUCCCUCCCCCGCCCCUUACCGCUAUAAACCCGGACGUCCACCCCCUCGGUAUACAUAAAAUGAAGAUGGCCGCCUGUGCUGGUAAGCUCUCGAUCCUGACGAUCUUACGAAAAAAUAGGGGACUGUGAAUAGUUCAUUUCGAGGGAUUUAGUUUUGUUUAAGAAAGUCUCGUUGACAUCUAGUAGGAUGCUUGGUUCUGUUGUGUUCUCAGUCCCACGGUGAAUCAACCAAUCAUUUGAGUUUCUAUGAUGCCUCACCUAUCGCUGGAAACAAACUCGAGUGUGACAUCUGUUACCUCGGCAUGUAAAAUCAGGGUCGUACGAAGACGGUAAUUCUUACCGAAGCAUAUACAUGUGUCAAUUUCUUUUCAAUGUAUUGCAGUGUCAGUUGGAUUUGGAAAAUUUUGCGUACCUCUGGAAAAAUUCUGGCUACGCCCCUAACUCAUACCGUGACUAACAAGUAUUUAUUUCAAUCCUAGGAUCGGUGGGUAAAUCAGCUGACUCAGCUUUCUUGAGUGCCAGCGUGGAUGACCCUGACGACGCCUUCGUUGGUUUCACUUACGUUCCUCCAACAGAAGAUCUACACGAGUGAAAGUCACGAUAAAGGCUCUGCUGGUCAACUAACGUACAUGUCAGUAACAGAUGAUUAACUACGAUCACGUGUUUUCUUUUUGUUGGGGUAUGAUGAAAGUUUGUAAAAUAAACGGAAAAUUCGAGAGGUGAGGCUUGUAAAAAGUACCAAUUCCAUUAUUUUUUUUUUUUCACGAGAAAUUUGACUUUCAUCACUAGAGAAGAUGUCUAUGAUUGUUUUUACAAGAAACGAGACUUCGCCGCCAUGUAAGGAAAUCCAAGACAUUCUUGGAAUCUGAAUUCCAGGUAUUGGAUUCUGAUUCCAAUCGUUAGUGAGAUUCCGGAAUUCCUUGAGCUGUAUUCUGGAUUCCACUGGCAAAAAUUUCUUGGAUUAGGGAAUCUGGAUUUCCCUACUUGGGGCGACUAUUGUUGCAAUUAAUUUAACUACCGAAAAAAUGAUAGAAACUGUUCAGUAACGAAUGAAUGUAUUUCAAUUGAAUACUCGCGAACAGCUUUAUAUAUUUCGUGACACUGUUAAUCACCAUGAAUUCUUGUCAUUUUUUUUACUUUCACUAAUGGUCGGAUCACUCGUGCUUUUCUCUCGUUUUACAUGUCUUUUUGAUUAGCGAGAGUGAUUCAGACUCGAUUUAAAACUGUUCCAUUUAAUGCUAAAAUUGUUUUUUUUGGAAGAGACUCAGAAUUCAAGUAAGAUUUUUCUAAUAUAAAAUAUAUAUUUACAAGUAUAAACUGUUAUUUUUGAGAGAUUGUAUUAUUUCACAAUAUUUUCAUGCGAAAAAAAUACGGUUACAACAGUCACACCUUUUAGUGAUCUAUUAGUUUGUCUCUGAAACUCAACGUGAUUUUAGAGAACUUUCUUGCGAAUUCUUUACACGAGUUAAGCACAUUUUGAUUUUUCAAUUUUAACAACUUACACUAUCGCUAUCGCC